CGGAAUCGUCACGCCGCAGACAAACGCAAACCUCAUAGACUCAGAUUGCUAUAUCAGACAUAUGUGUUUUUGUGUUUGUUCUCCUUUGGAUGCUGUGUUACUGAACAAAGGCAACCCAGCCGCUCUCCAGUUCUGAUAAAUCUGUCAUCUCUCUUGGAUUCUUCCUGCACUUCCCACUGAAUGGCAAACGAGAUGCCAGCCAAAACACGUGGAGUUGGAGUGUUCUUGGAGCUGAGGAAAAGGCUUCAGAGUGGACUGCUUAUUGUGGGGAAAGAUGUGGCCAAGACUCCUGCAGAUGUGGCCGUGACAAGUGGAGAUUCCUCCCUCCACGUCCGGACUCCCAGAGGGGAGCUGUGCCUGACUUUGCCGGCAGGAGUCACCUACGAGCAGGGAUCCUGCAUUCCGACACCUGCGGGAGAAUGCUGCGGCGAGGAGCUUCAUUUCAGACUGCGUAUCAGCGUUGAGCGAAGCACAGAUGAAGAAGCUUCUGCCAGCAUGAUCAAGACACUUCGGGCAAAAGAGGCUUAUUGUUUCUACUGCCAGGGCUGCACGACGAGGCUGCUCGAGGACAGAGUGUUUAAGCGAGUUCUUCCUCUCCCUAAUGGUAACUGGAACGCCAUCGUGGACGACUGGUGUUGCCACCCAGAUCCGUUCGCUAACAAGAAGCUGUUGCCCCGGGCCGAAGAUUGUUUACUGGGCGACUCCUUCGUCCUGUUAGCCCGAGAUGGCAGCUGCGAGCAGACUCUGACAGAGGAAGCGAGUCCUGUGGGCACAGAGGACAGCCAAGAUUCAAAGAAACCUUGCCGCCGACUGACCCUCGUCUCCUGCGCGAGCUGUUCGUCAGUGCUCGGCGAGGCCGUCGCACCAGAGACGCUGAAACUGUACAUCACACAGGUGGUGGUGGAGCCUGCUGUGGGAGACAGAAAGCCAGAAGCUUCACUUAACAGAUCUCUGUUUGUGGAGAGGACGGUGGCAGCCAGGUUGCUGGAGCUGGCUAACUCACUGAAUACCUUCCACUUCUCGGUCCAGACUCCUGAUGGAAAAGCCUUCCUGUUGCUCUGGUUGUUGAACAGCGACUCCAUCACAGCAUCAGUCCCGGAGACGCGUGUCGGGGCCGAGGGGUCCAGCAGCUCCCCUGCUCUUCACAGUCCAUCACCCAGAGCUGCCAGGGCCCUGAAAGUCCUCUACAUAGCCUGCUCCGACACGGGCACCCAGCAGAGAGACAUUGUAACUAGUUGGGAGGUCAAUGCCACAGGACAUCCUGUGGAGCUGCCGCUGAAGGUGUGUGAGGAGCUGCUGCAAGUGAUGGAUGACAGCAACUCAACGCUCCCUGCGUCCAUGCAUUGCAUGAGGUCCUACGAGGUGGCGUACAUGAGGCUGUGAGAUCACAGAUCAGAGACCAGGCCAGCCCAGGACUUCACUCAUCAGUCUUGGUUGCAGCUUUCAAGAAGAACUGGAACAGCCAAAAGUACAUGUGACGUGUUUCUACAAGUUAAGAUCCUGCACAGAUUUCCAAUGUACUGAGACUGGAAUUUACUGUGGCAGCAGGGGAUCGGGGUCGAGGUGGGGCGUGCAGGCUGUAGUUUGUUAAGCAAGUCAAGUUGUGGGUUCUGGUUCCUUCUGUCAGAUGGUUUUAAUGCGUCAUCAUCUGCACACAGAUUCAUGUUGAAACAGGAUGAUGCCAGACUACAUUUGUAGUUCCAAUUAUCUCGAAAUGUAUCACAAUGGUACAAAAGCCUCUGUGUGGUGUGUGUGGUGUGUGUGUGUGUGUGUGUGUGUGUGUGUGUGUGUGUCUCCACAUUUUUUUUACU